UUCAGUUCAAAAUCGCAGCAAACGCGUAAGAGUGAAGACGCAACCGAGCUGAAAAACGCGAGAAAACGUACAAAUACAGCCAAAAGUGUGAAUAUACAUAUCUUAUUAAUUUCAAAAAGUGUUCUUCUCUACUUUUCAACCUUGGUCCUCACCAACAAAACCGGUUCACACAUUUGAAUCCUUCAUUUGCUGCGGGCUUGUGCUUCGUUACAUCACAAAUUCAUUUUGGAAACUGCCUUUAUACCGUAGAUGUCAGUAGUGCCACUCAUGUUUCGUGACUGGUGGGAUGAUUUUGAAUUUCCAACGCGCACUUCGCGCCUCUUGGACCAACAUUUCGGCACAGGACUGAAACGCGAUGACCUCCUUUCAUCCAUUUGGAGCUCUCGCCCAACAAUGUUGCGUUCCGGUUACCUGCGCCCAUGGCAACGCUCACCUACCAGCCUGCAGAAGCAAGAAUCGGGUUCCACGCUCAACAUUGACAACGAAAAAUUCGAAGUCAUCUUGGAUGUGCAACAAUUCACACCCAGUGAAAUCACAGUCAAGGUGACCGAUAAAUUUGUACUUGUCGAGGGUAAACAUGAAGAGCGACAGGAUGAGCACGGUUUCGUGUCCAGACAGUUCUCCAGACGUUAUUUACUGCCAAGUGACGUCAAUCCCGACAAUGUGACCUCAUCGCUUUCUUCAGAUGGUUUGCUCACCAUCACAGCGCCCAUGAAGAAGCUGCCACCACCUGCCACCGAGCGUGUCGUGCCCAUAGCACAAACCGGUCCGUCCUCGAAAGAGGAUAAUGCAAAGAAAGUUGAGAUCAGCACGUCCUAAAUUGAUCUAGCGAAUUUGAAUCAAACAGACUGUUUUUCAUUGUUUAUACGCACAAAUAUUUUAAUUGCUCAUUACUAUUAAUUUUCCAUGACAAUAACUAUUAUAAUUUUUUGUAAUUAAUUUUAUACUAAAGAAAAUAAUAUAAAAAAAUAGCGAAAAAGUA